AGUCCUCCAGGGAGGAACUGUUUGCUGAUUGGCUAGCUGUCGUGGCUCGAGCGAGUGGAGUCGUGUUAAUAUUAGUAGUCAUCAUGGCGCUCGGUUCACCUCAGCACGAACAUCCAUUCGGCCAUUUGAUCGACACUCUGCGGAGCGAACAAUAUGAAGAGCGGCGAUAUUUCAACCCACAGAAGCUGAGUGAUGUCAGAUACGAGAAACUGCCGUUCUGUGUGCGGGUUCUCCUGGAGUCCGCCAUCCGGAAGUGUGACGGGUUCUACAUAAAGACAGAUGAUGUCUCCAGUAUUUUGGAUUGGCAGACACAGCAGAACCAGUCUGAGGUUGCGUUCUCGCCCGCCAGGGUUCUGCUACAGGAUUUUACGGGAAUUCCUGCUAUGGUGGAUCUGGCAGCCAUGAGAGAUGCUUUAGCUAAACAGGGGGUCGAUCCGAACCUGGUGAACCCCAGAUGCCCCACAGACCUCAUCGUAGAUCAUUCUCUGCAGAUCGACUACAGCAAAUGUGCCAUCCAGAGCCCUCCAACCCCCACGGACGAGAGUCACGGUGCCGCUGUCAAAUCUCCUGCCGGCCGACCAUCUCCACGAGGGAGCAGCAGCGGUCACUGUUCAGGUCAACGACCGAGUCAUCGGGGCGGCUGCAGUAAAGCCUCCUGCUCCGACGCUCCUAGUGGCAGAAGCGCAGCAGUACAGAUAGAGAACACACCCCUCCUGUGCCCCUUCCACCUGCAGCCCGUGUCAGAGCCUGAAACGAUGGUCAGAAACCAAGAGAUGGAGCUAAGCAGAAACAAAGAGAGGCUGGAGUUCUUUAAGUGGUGUUCAAAAGCCUUUAAAAACAUCAACGUAGUUCCUCCAGACAUCAACACAGUGCAUCAGGUGAAUCUAGAGUACCUGUGUCAGGUGGUACAGGAAGGGGAGGGGUUUAUUUAUCCUGACAGUGUGGUGGGAACAGACUCCCACACCACCAUGAUCAACGGCCUUGGGAUCCUAGGCUGGGGAGUUGGAGGCAUUGAAUCAGAGGCGGUCAUGUUAGGUCAGCCAGUGUCUUUGACUCUGCCACAGGUCGUCGGCUGUAAACUCGUGGGGACCAUCAAUCCUCUUGCCACAUCCAUUGAUAUCGUACUAGGCAUUACUAAGCAUCUGCGUCAGGCAGGAAUUGGCGGGAAGUUUGUGGAGUUCUUUGGGCCUGGUGUACAGCAGCUCUCGGCUCCCGAUCGGACCACCAUCGCUAACAUGUGCCCGGAGUACAACGCCACUGUGAGCUUCUUUCCUGUGGAUGACAUCACCCUUCAGCACUUUAAACACACCAUUUGCAGUGAGGAGAAGCUUCUGGUUUUAGAAGACUAUCUGAAGGCUAUCAAACUCUUCAGAAGCUACGGCGACCAAUCAGAAGAGCCACAGUAUUCAGAGGUCAUCGAGAUGAACCUGAGCUCAAUUGUGCCUCAUGUCAGUGGACCCAAACGGCCGCAGGACAGAGUCGCUGUGACAUGCAUGAAGGAAGACUUUAUAAACUGCCUGAAUGAGAAGGUGGGUUUUAAGGGCUUCCACAUAUCCAAAGAGAAGCAGGCAACUCAGGUCCCCUUCCUGCACGAGGGGGCCGAGUACAACCUGGCGCACGGAUCUGUCGUCAUCGCUGCUGUCAUCAGCUGCACCAACAACUGCAACCCGUCCGUCAUGCUGGCCGCAGGUCUGCUAGCGAAGAAAGCUGUCGAGGCUGGUCUGACGGUAAAACCGUACAUCAGGACCAGUCUGGUGCCCGGCAGUGGAACUGUCACACAUUACCUGAACACCAGUGGAGUCCUGCCCUACCUCAGGAAACUCGGGUUCGAGGUGGUGGGUUAUGGAUGUGCCACUUGCGUGGGCAAUACAGCACCUUUACCUGAGAGUGUGGUGGACGCCAUUAAACAGGGUGAUUUGGUGGCUUGUGGUGUGCUGUCUGGAAACAGGCAUUUAGAAGGACGCCUUUGUGACUGCGUUCGGGCAAAUUAUUUGGCUUCACCUCCACUGGUGGUGGCGUAUGCGAUCGCAGGCACAGUCAGCAUCAACCUGGAGACAGAACCGCUGGGGAUGAACUCAGAGGGGAAGGACGUGUAUCUGCGGGAUAUCUGGCCGUCCAAAGAGGAGGUGAACCACACGGAGGAGAACAUCGUCAUCGCCUCCAUGUUCAAAGAGCUGAGGAGCCGGAUGGAGAAAGGAAGUAUGUUCUGGAACAGAUUAGACUCUGCUGAAUCUGCCCUCUUUCCGUGGGAUCCCAAAUCCACCUACAUUCGAUGUCCGUCCUUCUUCGGCAAACUGUCUAAAGAGGUGUGCACUCCUCAGUCCGUUGAGGGCGCGUACCCGCUCCUCUUUCUGGGUGAUAAAGUAACAACCGAUCACAUUUCUCCAGCGGGAAGCAUCGCAAGAGUCAGCGCUGCCGCCAAAUACCUUCAGAGCAAACGUUUGACCCCUCGUGAAUUCAAUUCCUAUGGUGCACGGAGAGGAAACGAUGCUGUAAUGACUCGAGGAACAUUUGCCAGCAUAAAGCUUCAAAACCGUCUCAUUGGGAAGACCGGACCCAAAACACUGCACAUUCCAUCAGGACAGACGCUGGAUGUGUUUGAAGCUGCUGAACGCUAUCAGAGGGAUGGAGUUCCUCUCAUCAUCCUGGCAGGAAAAGAGUACGGCUCCGGCAGCUCACGCGACUGGGCCGCCAAAGGACCUUAUUUAAUGGGUGUCCGUGCUGUGAUAGCGGAGAGCUUUGAGAAGAUUCAUAGGAAUCAUUUGGUGGGGAUGGGAAUCGCUCCGCUGCAGUUCCUGCCAGGACAGAAUGCUGACUCGCUGGAGCUGUGUGGAAAAGAGCGAUUCACUAUCAACAUCCCACAGGAGCUCACGCCCAGACAACAGCUAACAGUACAGGCGAGCACAGGGAAGAGUUUCAGUGUCACGGCUCUUUUCGAGAACGACAUGGAUGUGGCGUUUUUCAGGCACGGAGGCAUCCUGAAGUACGUAGCUCGUUCUCUGCUGCCGUAGAACAAUCAGAUUCAUAGCCACAGAGACGCCCAUGGACCUCUGAUCAGUACAGCGCCACCCAGAGGCCUUCUGGAGGCCUUAUGAACUCUGAACGCUGUGCCUCUUGUCUGCCGAAUCCUCCCGUCCCAGAGGACGUCAUUGUUUUGCACUUAAAAGCAACAAAUGUCCAAGGUUUCUCUCCAAAUCAUUCUCUCCACACCCAGAUGUGCUACAUUGUGUAUUUCUACGGUCUGGAUGUGGAGCGUAAACUUUGGUAGGUUUGAUUUGGGCAUUUCGUAUUGCAGUGCCUGCAACGCGUGUCAAGAAACUGUUCUUCUGAACUGAGCUCUUUGGUGCUGGACGCGAAGGCUGCACGACGACCUCACAGCCAAUGGAGGCUUUGCUCUUCUUUCAUGGUGCUGAUUUUAACACGGCCAAUUUGAUGGAGCGAAAAUGUCCACAUAUUCAAAGCUUUUUAGCGCACUGUUGUUUCUUCAUUUCCCAGCUCUCGUUUCUGUAUGAACGUCCACAUAUUGCCGUCACGGCAAAAAAAGAACUCUUCAAUUUCAUCCGAUCCAGUAGAAUAUCGAUUUAUUUAUUAUGAGCGUCCACUUAGUGUUUUCUGUUACUGGGAAUAUGAGUGACAGUGAUGACUAAGGAAGUAUGUUAAUCCAUAAACAUAAUAUAUUACUCUGAGCUCACAUUAGAGAGUGAACGAUGGCUGGUUUUGGUACUAUCAGUGCUGUUUGCCUUGUUGCGAUGUUUGGCUUCAGUCCUUGUGUUCUGUAUCAGUAUGUGAAGACAGUAUGCAACUCCUCAGCACAGGAGUGAAUAAUGCAGUAGAAAAAAAAAAUCAUUCUUUUUUUUUUUGAUUAUGCUGUUAUUGUAAAUAAUUUUUAAUAAAUAAUGAGAUUAG